GGCUCGAGGAGUCACAUGACCGUCACUGUCCACACAGUGCUGGACGCAAACGCUGUGGAGUCUACGAAGUUCAUUUUAGAGAAAAUAAUUUAAUAAACCUCGAACUUCAAAGAAAUAUCAUGGCGGCCACAACGUUUGUGAUAGCUAUGUCAGUUAUGACUUUGUUUUGGGGUCUUAUUGGUGGAGUUAUUCCCUGGUUUAUUCCUAAAGGACCGAAUCGAGGAGUUAUUGUGACGAUGCUGGUGCUAACUGCAGUCUGUUGCUACCUAUUCUGGCUGAUUGCUAUUCUAUCACAAUUGAAUCCGUUGUUUGGACCAGUACUGAGCAACGAUACCAUCUGGUACCUCUUUUAUCACUGGCAGUAGGGUCCAAUGGUUUCUUUAUAAAGCAGAUGUAGGAAACUUGUACAUUGCCAAAACCAUUGGGAAACUAUUUAACUGAAGCUUUACAUGCUGAAUGACUACCAUGAGAGUUUGUGUGUGUGUGUGUUUUAUUAAUUUGAACCUUAAGUUCAAGGAAAUAUGUUAUUAAAUUAAGUUUUUGUCUUAAUGUGUGUAUAUGUACAGCACCUGUGUGUACAGUGUAUGUGUGUAGUUUGAGUUGAAUGAUCUAAUUAUUGUUGGGCAAAUUAACCUAUUUCAUUCAAAUAAGUAUGAUUUUGAAUGUCAAAUAAAACUAAGAAUGAGA